GACGGGGGAGAAUGGGCGGGCGAAGGGUGUUUUCCGGCGACAGUGUUUGAUACAUUGUGUCUUCUGUCGGGAUACACUGUAGCGCUCGGAGGAUACAUUGUAUCUUCUGUCCGGAUACACUGUAGCGGCGAGGCCGAUCCAUUGUGGUCGCUGUGGGGGUUUACAUUGGAGUAGCGCCUAGGAGCGAGGAGGGGGUUUUCCGCUCCUCCUCCUGGGUCACAUCGGCGGCAGCAGCCCCCCACCACCUCGAUGUCCGUUCGGCCCCCCUCCUCCUCCUCUUCCUCCCCCACCCCAAAACAUUAAGACAACCCUAACCUGCGACCUUUUCCCCCCCUCCUAUCCCAUCUCUCCUCUCCACCUCAGGGCUGUGCACACUUGGGAAACUCCCCUCGACCGAGGCUGAGAGCAUGGGGGACAAGUCUGGCACAAGGGUGUUUAAGAAGUCAAGCCCGAAUUGCAAGUUAACAGUCUACCUGGGGAAGCGGGAUUUUGUUGACCAUCUUGAUCAUGUGGAUCCUGUUGAUGGAGUGGUGUUGGUGGAUCCCGAGUAUCUCAAAGACAGACGAGUGUUUGUCACUCUGACCUGUGCAUUCCGUUAUGGACGAGAAGACCUCGAUGUGCUGGGCCUAUCCUUCAGGAAGGACCUCUUCAUCGCGACAUUCCAGGCUUUCCCCCCACUGCCAGAGGAAAAGAAACCCCUGACCAGACUCCAGGAGAGACUCAUUAAGAAACUCGGAGAGAAUGCCUUUCCUUUCUUCUUCAUGCUCCCCCAGAAUCUGCCAUGUUCAGUGACCCUACAGCCAGGCCCUGAGGACACAGGCAAGGCCUGUGGUGUGGACUUUGAAAUCCGUGCGUUCUGUGCUAAGGCGAUGGAGGAGAAGAUACACAAGAGGAACUCCGUCCGCCUGGUCAUCCGGAAAGUACAGUACGCUCCAGAGAAACCAGGACCGCAGCCAAUGGCGGAGACCACGAGGAAUUUCUUGAUGUCAGACAGAUCCCUCCACCUCGAAGCCUCGCUAGAUAAAGAGCUCUAUUACCACGCGGAACCCAUCAGCGUCAACGUUCACGUGACCAACAACUCCACAAAAACGGUGAAGAAGAUCAAGAUUUCAGUACGACAGUACGCGGACAUCUGUCUGUUCAGCACAGCCCAGUAUAAGUGCCCCGUAGCGCAGGUCGAAGCUGAUGACCAGGUGUCUGCCAGUUCGACCUUCUGUAAGGUCUACACACUGGUCCCCCUCCUAGACCAUAACCGGGAGAAGAGGGGCUUGGCCCUGGAUGGGAAACUCAAACACGAAGACACCAAUCUGGCCUCCAGUACCAUAGUAAAGGAAGGUGCAAACAAGGAGGUACUUGGAAUCCUCGUGUCGUACCGAGUGAAAGUGAAGCUGGUGGUGUCUCGUGGAGGGGAUGUGUCAGUGGAGUUGCCUUUCGUCCUGAUGCACCCAAAGCCAGUUGAGCAGCCCAUGUCCAGACCUCAGUCAGUUCUCCCAGAAUCUGAGGUUCCAGUUGACAUGAACCUGAUCGAAUUCGAAGCCAAUUUCUCCCAUGACGACGACAUUGUGUUUGAGGACUUUGCCCGACUGCGGCUGAAGGGGCAGAAAGAUGAGAAGGACGAGGACGACCAUUUCUGUUAGUUCGGCACCGUGGGGGAGGGGUGG